CAACCCAUAUUUUAUGUGGGAGACAUAUCAGAUUUUUUUUGUUUUUUUUUUCAUUUUCUUCUGAUUUUCUUCCAUUUUCUUGGUAUUCAAAAGCUGCAAAAUGAGAGCAGAAAAAUGCUUUAAUCUGUUCCUCUGCUACUAAGCGUCUUCCAACUGAAAAUUUUGCUGAAUCCUAUUGGAUCCUAUAAAGCACUGCAAUCAAUAGCAGCAAAACCAAUCCACACCGACCAAACCAAUUCAAAAAUGGCAACUUUCCUACCCCAUCGGCCGAGUCUGGUUCUAACUCCGUUCCCAGACCGAACCCACAACCAGCUUUUUCGCCCCAGCCACUGUUAUGGUUUCUCGAACCAUAACAAGCCCUUUCUUCGCGGUUCAUUAGCCGUGGCUCGACUUGGGUUCAACCCCGGUUCGUUUCCCGACCCGGAAAAUACCCAGGGCAUGAUUCAGGAACUGUUUGGUCGAGCUGAGAGCUUUCUCUACACCGUCGCUGAUGCUGCUGUCUCUUCGUCAUCACCGGCGGAGACUGUAACCACUGCCAAACAGAACGAUGAUUGGCUUUCUGGGAUUACUAAUUCUUUGGAGAGCGUUCUCAAGGUUCUUAAAGAUGGGCUUAGUGCUUUACAUGUUCCAUAUUCUUAUGGUUUUGCUAUUAUACUACUCACUGUUCUUGUGAAGGCUGCUACAUUUCCUUUGACAAAGAAACAGGUUGAAUCCGCAAUGGCUAUGCGAUCCUUGCAACCUCAAGUAAAAGCUAUUCAACAACGUUAUGCUGGAGAUCAGGAGAGAAUUCAACUUGAAACUGCCCGGUUGUAUAAGUUAGCUAGCAUAAACCCACUGGCAGGGUGCCUGCCAACGCUUGCUACAAUACCAGUCUGGAUUGGGUUAUAUAGAGCUCUUUCAAAUGUGGCAGAUGAGGGUCUCCUUACAGAAGGUUUCUUCUGGAUACCCUCCUUGGCAGGUCCAACAACGAUCGCUGCUCGACAAAAUGGCAGUGGGAUCUCUUGGCUUUUCCCAUUUUUGGAUGGUCAUCCACCCCUUGGAUGGUCAGAUACCUUGGCAUAUCUUAUUUUACCUGUGUUGCUAGUUGUCUCUCAAUACAUAUCCGUUCAAAUUAUGCAGCCAUCACAGAGUGAUGAUCCAAACAUGAAGAAUUCUCAAGUGCUUACAAAAUUUCUACCUUUAAUGAUUGGAUAUUUUGCUCUUUCAGUUCCUUCUGGUCUGAGCCUUUAUUGGUUAACAAAUAACAUAUUGAGUACCGCACAGCAAGUCUGGCUACAAAAGUUAGGUGGUGCAAAAAAUCCAGUGAAGCAAUUCAGUAAUACUAUAAUCAAGGAAGACCAACCUCAAGUUUCAAAGUCUGUCUCUGAACUCACUUUAAGAGAAAAGGAUACAAGACAACGAGAAGAAAAGAUACCAGCAGGACCACGGCCUGGUGAAAGAUUUAAACAGAUAAAAGAGCAAGAAGCAAGGAGAAGAAGACAAAGAGAAGAAGAAAAGAAGAGAGCUGAGGAGGUGGCAGCAAAAGGAACUCAAAUAACAGAUGGCAGACAUGAGAUAGCAAAUGGAAAUGGAGUUGAGCUAGAUGUUGAAAAGAGUGAAGAACAUCAGUCUGGGAAUGCCACUCACAGUUCCUCCAAUGGAGUUCCUGUGAAUGGUGAACUGUCUAGACAGGAAAUAAAGGACGAUAAGAAGACCACAUCCGUAUUUCAGACUGCUGACAAUGAAGUUUCUUCCCGUUUAGAAGCUGACAAGGGGGAUGCACAGCAGUCCUAUGAAAAUGUAGAGAAGGAAGCAGUUGAAGCAUACAGUUCCACAACCAGUAGAGAUAGACUUUCUGGAGAAGAUGCAGAUGAAGCCAAAAGGAAGUGACCAACAAGGAGGAUAAGCACUGUCAUGAUGAUAUUGGUAGUUGGAGUUUAUCAAAGAGUGACCGGCCUAGUUAUCUGCCACCUACAUAGAGUAUGGACCGACCCGAGCAGAAGACACUGUUAAUCUGUAAUCUCUGAUGUAUCUAAUAUUGGAUCUACGCUAGAGUUAUUGUUAGGCCCCGGCAGUUCACGAGGUGCUCAUUGUUCCAUUGACACAUAAUAUAGAUGAAUCAACAGGAUUUUGACAUUCUAAUGUGGUGGUAGAGUGUCUGAAGGUGGAAACAUGCACUACCAAUGGUUGCAUUGCUUUCUGCUUCUCAAUGGCGUUUUGUAUAAUCCACAUGAUGAUAUGAGAGAAGUGAACCUUUUCUGAUUUUGCUAGAUGGGAAAAAAAAAAAAAAAAAAAAGAGAUUAUUAAUUGGGUUUACGGAGAUGGGUUUCAUUGGUUAGUUUCUCUGGUGUACAUCACGUUACAAUACAGUCAAAGGAAUAAUAUUCAUCUGGUUAAAGUUUCUCAAGUCAUUUAUUCAA